GGCGAGCUGGGAUAAGAAGGUUCACCUCCUCAACGCCUGGUGCGCAGCAUCGUCGCCAGGCUUUGACAUUUUAUCAUCUCCCAUCUUUUGGCCAUUUCUAUAAGUCUCGUUUGUGGUUCCUUUUUCCUCGCAUCUGACCUUCGUUUUGGCGUCUUCCAAGUAGUGGCUAUCGAGUAUUGGCAUUAUCUACCAACCAUCAUACCAUCACAAGAGAGGAUGGAUCCCAAACAACCAGAGGACGUGCAGCACUCCGAACAUCUUGAACCCCCAAAUUCUUCUCGCCACGGCGCAGAUCGUGCGCUGGCCAUUAUUGGCGACCAGAAAAUGGAAGUUAGCGAAGAAGACAAUCGCCGCAUCCUUCGAAAGACCGACAGAACCAUCUUGGUGAUCCUUGUAUGGGUCUACUUCCUCCAAAUCCUUGACAAGUCAGUCCUGGGAUAUGGCGCGACAUAUGGCCUUAAAGCGGACACGAAUCUCAGCCCCGGCCAAUAUUCUCUCAUCAGCUCCAUCGCCCCCAUUGCCCAGCUGAUAUGGCAGCCAUUCUCGUCUGUGCUCAUCGUCAAGGUGCCUCAUCGCAUCUUGAUGCCUGCUCUCUGCCUCGGAUGGGGCAUUGCACAAACCUCCAUGGCGGCAUGUCAUAACUUUUCUAGUCUUAUGGCCACACGAUUCUUCCUUGGCUUGUUCGAAGCCGGCUGCUUGCCCUUGUUCAGCGUCAUCACCAGCCAGUGGUACCGACGAGCCGAGCAACCCAUGCGCGUCGCGGCGUGGUACGGGACCAAUGGACUGGCAACCAUCUUCGCUGCCGCUGUUUCGUAUGGGCUGGGGCAGAUUCAGUCACCACUACUGAGAGAAUGGCAGAUCAUCUUUCUCUUCGUCGGACUGCUAACCAUCGUCUCUGUUCCAUUUGCUUAUUGGAAAUUGGACAAUGACAUCCUCUCCGCGCGAUUCCUUACCGACGAGGAGAAGCCAAAGGCACUCGAACGGCUUCGCGCCAACCAAACGGGCACUGGUAACCGAGAUUUCAAAUGGGAGCACGUUAUUGAGGCUGCCCUGGAGCCCAAAACCUAUCUCUGGUUCGGAAUGACGCUGCUGCUCAACGUGGGAGCAAUUGUCACCGUCACAUUUGGCCCCCUUAUCAUUAAUGGUCUGGGCUUUGACAAGUACAAAAGUAGCUUACUGAAUAUGCCAUUUGGCGCCCUUCAAGUAAUUGUCAUCCUUAUCUCCAGUCUCUUGGCCCAGAGGGCAAAGUUAAAGGGGGCUAUACUGGCUGUCUUUGUGUUGCCGGUCGUCGCUGGGUUAAUCAUGCUAUACUGCAUCCCUCGGGACAAAUCACAUCAAGGAGCUCUACUUGCUGGAUACUAUCUCCUAGCUUUCAUUUUCUCCGGCAAUCCUCUCAUUGUCUCCUGGAUCGUCGGCAAUACUGCUGGAACAACUAAAAAGUCAAUCAUCAUGAGCGUAUACAACGCUGCUAGCUCUGUGGGCAAUAUCAUCGGUCCCAUCUUGUUUAACGAUAGAGAUGCACCUGCCUACAAACCUGGCUUACGAUCAUGCCUUGGCGUUUUCUCGGCAUUGGUUGGGGUGAUUUUACUGCAGUGGGCCAAUCUAGUUGUUCUCAAUAAGAUACAAGCCAAGACUCGAGUACGCAACGGAAAGGAGGCAAAAGUUAUUGACCGCUCUAUGCAAAACCAUUAUCGCACAGCCAGGCACCGUGAAGAUGGAGUACUUGAGGAUACUGAGGGGGCCAAUGAAGGGGAGGAUGCUCUUGGACGAAAUGCUUUCUUAGAUCUCACAGACCGUGAGAAUGACGAGUUUGUAUAUAUCUACUGAAUCAAAGCUAAAGGACUACCUAGUGCAGUCUAAGAAAUGAAGAGAGCCCAGUUUCCUAAUAAACGCCGC